CGAAGCAGGUAUUUGCCAAGCCUCGCUUAACCUUCCUAAUUCAGUAUGGCAUCUUGUUUGUUUACAAUGACGCUUCGAGCAGACCAGCAGGCUCGACUUCAACUUCUAAUACACAGUGUUCUUUCAUUUUGGCAGUCAUGGCCUCAAAGGCCCUUUACAAACUGUCGCGAGAUGCGAUCGUGGAUCUUGCUAUUCAAUGGACCACCUCAACCAACCCGUACCUUGCCGGGAACCGAGGGUUCGACGAAGCCGAAGAAGAAGACUACCUGCAUGCGCCGGCCGAAGACAUUGGAGCGUUGAACGACUUUUGGAAAAAUUUGAAAACAGAUCCAGACGAGCUCAGCAAGAGAGAUGUUAUUGAUCGAAUUGUUGAUGGGGACUGGAGACGAGGCUUGACUUUACAACAAUAUGCCAUGAUUGAUAUGGCGCACCUCGAGGCAAACGAUACCGCAUUGAGGUGGAGUGCACUCAAAUUAGUGCCACUUGAGUCAGAAGACAAACAAAUCGCACAAGACGAAGGGGACCGGGGCAGAAAGAGACGGAAGCUGAGCCAUGAUACUUCUGAGGCUGAUUACCCACACAUUUCCGCUCCUACCUUCCUCGCCUCACUACGCAGCGAGAUCUCUCCACUCGUCAAGGCACACUAUCAUCUACACCGACUACCAGCACCAGAUGACAUGUCUAUCAUCCGAUUGUUUAUUAGCACAGGAACAGCUUUCACUCCGCGGGGGGCGCGAGUACCCCGAAGAGCAAGGCAUGCUACAGACAGCGGAAGAGUUAUGUAUAUCGCACUUCCAGGAGGGUGUCCCUACAUCUACGUGUCGGUUUCUGGAUCCAAAAGCUCUCCUAGACAGUCAAAAGGUAUGCAUGACAGUUCAGGUAGCCUGUCAGCCAAGUUAGACCUUGUGGCAACCAAAAGAAUUAUCCUCGAAGCGAUCCCCAAAGCAUUGUCACGUGCGCAGCAAAGAUGGGCUUUGGAACCAACUAAAUUGACAACCAAAUCUCUUCGCACGAUCAGAAACUUGAAAGGGAAUGGAAGACCAGGCACGGGCGGAGGGGCAUACAGUGUUUAUCAUCUGGAUGCACAAGUCCAAGCAGAAAAAACCACCAGCCAAGUCCUACCACCGAAAUCUCGAAUUGAAGCAAAGUCUGAGGACGUGGAAAUCCGAUUCGGACCCGAAAACAACUCUCAGCAUUGUGCAUUGGAUCAUUUUCAUGUCACAAUUCAAGAUGCCCAAAAGAAAUCAGUGGAGCAAGAUUCAAGGCCAGCGCAAGACGAAUCAGCACAAGUUAAUCUGAAUUUCUCUGGCAGCGAUGUCUUUCAUGGAUUGCGCCAGAUGGCGAUGAUGGGCUCUAGCUAUAUGAACCUUUCAAAGGUUCCAUGUUGGAUGACGGGCGAGAUGGGCGUGAGCAGUUUCAAGGUCUAGACAUUUGGAGCGGGCUUGUGUUCGUGGAAUGAGUGCUAUGACGAGACGAAUGUGAUGACCUUGAUACCCGAUCUUGAAUCUCCUGGGCAAUGGUUGGAGUCUACCUGUGGAGGCUGAUGAGAGGAAGGUACCAACCUAGAUAGAUAUCUACUUAGGUACCGUACUUGCAUGUACAUACGGAUGCACUUGCAGUCGAUCAGCAUUGCUAAUC